AUGCAGAAGGGGAUGAGGCUCAAUGACGGCCACAUCACCUACCUGGCGCUUUUAGCGAAGAAGGACGGUACCAGGAGAGGCUUCUUGAGCAAGAAGAGCUCCGACAACACAAAAUGGCAUUCAAAGUGGUUCGCUUUGUUGCAGAACAUGCUUUUUUAUUUCGAAAAUGACUCGAGUUCACGACCCUCCGGACUGUACCUGUUGGAAGGAUGUGUGUGUGACAGGGCACCGUCUCCCAAACCUUCUCUGUCAGCAAAGGAAUGCCUCGAAAAGCAGUACUACUUCAUUAUCAGUUUUAACCAUGACAACCAGAAGGCUUUGGAGCUACGUACAGAGGAUGUCAAGGACUGCGAUGAAUGGGUGGCUGCAAUCACACAGGCCAGUUACAGAAACCUGGCUACUGAGCAUGAGACCCUCAUGCAGAAGUAUCUCCAUCUACUCCAAAUAGUGGAGACAGAGAAAACAGUUGCCAAGCAACUUCGACAACAGAUAGAGGAUGGAGAAAUCGAGAUAGAGCGGCUAAAAUCAGAGAUUGCUGGUCUACUCAAAGAUAAUGAGAAGAUUCAGUCUAACCCAGAGGUGCCGCCUAGUGAUGACGAUACAGAGAUCAAGAAAAUCAAAAAGGUGCAGAGUUUCUUACGUGGAUGGAUUUGUCGGAGGAAGUGGAAAACCAUUAUCCAGGACUAUAUCCGAUCGCCUCAUGCUGAAAGUAUGAGAAAGAGAAACCAAGUUGUGUUUAGUAUGCUGGAGGCAGAGGCAGAAUAUGUCCAACAACUUCACAUCCUUGUCAACAACUUCCUCCGACCUCUCAGAAUGGCCGCUAGCUCCAAGAAACCUCCAAUCACACAUGAUGACGUCAGCAGCAUCUUCCUCAAUAGUGAAACCAUCAUGUUCCUACACCAAAUCUUCUAUCAAGGCCUGAAGGCCAGAAUAGCCAGCUGGCCCACACUGGUGCUGGCUGACUUGUUUGACAUUUUGCUGCCAAUGUUAAACAUUUACCAGGAAUUUGUAAGAAACCACCAAUACAGCUUGCAAAUCCUGGCACAUUGCAAGCAAAACAGGGACUUUGACAAGCUCCUAAAGCAGUAUGAGACCAAACCAGACUGUGAGGAGAGGACCCUGGAAACCUUCCUCACAUAUCCCAUGUUUCAGAUUCCUCGGUAUAUCCUUACCCUCCACGAACUGCUGGCUCACACACCACAUGAGCAUGUGGAGAGAAACAGUUUGGACUAUGCCAAAUCUAAACUCGAGGAGCUCUCUAGAAUUAUGCACGAUGAGGUGAGUGAGACUGAGAACAUCAGGAAGAACUUGGCUAUUGAACGAAUGAUUAUUGAAGGUUGUGAGGUGCUACUGGACACCAGUCAAACAUUUGUCAGACAAGGUUCAUUGAUACAGGUGCCAAUGAGUGAGAAGGGGAAGAUCACGAGAGGUCGUCUGGGUUCACUUUCCCUGAAAAAAGAGGGUGAAAGACAAUGUUUUCUUUUCUCAAAACAUCUCAUUAUUUGCACUAGAGGCUCGGGAGGAAAACUUCAUAUCACCAAGAAUGGAGUGGUUUCUCUGAUAGACUGCACAUUGUUGGAGGAGCCAGAAGGGACAGAUGACGAGUCCAAAGCAGAGCCAAAAGACACAGAGCAUCUAGAUUUCAAAGUCAUGGUUGAGCCAAAAGAUGGGCAACCAUACACUGUCAUCCUGGUGGCUUCAUCGAGACAAGAAAAGGCAGCGUGGACCAGUGAUAUCAGCCAGUGUAUAGACAACAUCCGGUGCAAUGGACUGAUGAUGAACGCCUUUGAGGAAAACAGUAAAGUCACUGUCCCACAGAUGAUUAAGUCAGACACGAGCUUAUAUUGUGAUGAUGUGGACAUUCGCUUCAGCAAGAUGAUGAACUCGUGUAAGGUGCUGCAGAUCCGCUAUGCCAGUGUGGAGCGUUUGCUUGAGCGACUCACAGACCUGCGUUUCCUCUCCAUUGACUUCCUCAACACUUUCCUGCACUCUUACCGCGUGUUCACCAGCGCAGAUGUGGUGCUAGACAAACUGAUCACCAUCUACAAAAAGCCCAUCAGUGCCAUACCAGCACGUUCCUUGGAGCUGUUUUUUGCAAGUAGCCAGAACAACAAACUCCUGUACGGCGAGCCACCCACGUCGCCUCGUGCCAGCCGCAAGUUCUCCUCUCCGCCUCCUCUCUCCAUCACCAAGACGUCAUCACCCAACCGCCGGCGCAAGCUUUCUCUCAACAUCCCCAUCAUCACAGGGGGCAAAGCCCUCGACCUGGCUGCACUCAGCUGUUCCCCUAACGGCUAUGCAAUGCACUCCACUAUGUCCCCCUUCAGCAAGACAUCCCUCGACAUCAAUAAGCUCUAUGUGUCCAGCACCAUGGCCAGCAAAAUCCCAGAUGAGGGGGAGCCUAAGUCUGAAGGCAAAGCUGAAGAGACUGUCCUCAACAAGCAAGAUCUAUCAGUGAGAGAGGAGUGUGAUGAAGACCCGGGUCAGUGUGAAGAGGCUGAAGCAGAAAUGUCUCCUCCGAAGUCGCCAUCAACCCCCAAGAAUGUCAAGUCCAAAAACUCUGAGUUUUCUCUGUUUUCUUUCAACAACGGUAUGGUAGUAUCAUCGUGUCGUGAGCUGGACAACAACCGCAGUGCCCUUUCAGCAGCUUCAGCCUUUGCCAUCGCUACAGCAGGUGCCAAUGAGGGAACACCAACCAAGGAAAAGUACAGACGCAUGUCCUUGGCCAGCACAGGUUUUCCUACUGACCAGAGGAAUGGAGACAAAGAGUUUGUCAUCAGAAGAGCUGCGACUAACCGAGUCUUGAAUGUAUUGCGUCACUGGGUCUCCAAGCAUUCACAAGACUUUGAGUUGAACACAGACCUGAAGAUGCGUGUAAUUGGCUUCCUGGAGGAGGUGAUGCACGAUCCAGAGCUCCUGACGCAGGAGAGAAAGGCUGCUGCUAACAUCAUAAGGACUCUGACCCAGGAGGACCCAGGAGACAGCCAGGUCAGCCUGGAGGAGAUAAUACAGACGGUGAGGGAAACUAAGACCGAGCCGUUUGAAAACCACUCAGCUUUGGAGAUAGCAGAACAACUCACUCUUCUGGACCACCUGGUUUUUAAAGCAAUCCCUUAUCAGGAGUUCUUUGGUCAGGGCUGGAUGAAGGCUGACAAAAAUGAAAGGACACCGUACAUCAUGAAGACAACAAAACAUUUUAAUGAUAUCAGUAAUAGGAUCGCCACAGAGAUCCUGCACUGGGAUGAUGUGAACAUGAGGGUGGCUGUGAUCGAGAAGUGGGUGGCAGUGGCCGAUAUCUGCCGCUGUCUCCACAACUACAACGCUGUUUUAGAGAUCACAUCUUCCCUCAAUCGCAGCUCCAUCUUUCGCCUCAAAAAGACCUGGCUCAAAGUCUCCAAACAGACAAAGACUGUGAUUGACAAGUUACAAAAGCUGGUGUCAUCUGAGGGACGAUUCAAAAACCUUCGAGAAGCUUUAAAAAACUGUGACCCUCCCUGUGUUCCUUAUCUGGGAAUGUAUCUGACAGACCUGGCUUUUAUUGAGGAGGGAACACCCAACUACACAGAGGACAACCUGGUUAACUUCUCCAAGAUGAGAAUGAUUUCACACAUCAUCAGAGAAAUACGUCAGUUUCAGCAAACUGCUUAUAAAAUUGAUCAUCAGCCAAAGGUUGCUAAGUACCUGCUAGACAGCAGUACAGUGCUGGAUGAGGAAAGCCUGUAUGAAGCAUCUCUGAAAAUAGAGCCCAAAACUGCAUCAUGA